AUGGAUUGCGAGCACGAUAGCCUGAAAGCUGGUUCGAAGACAGGCCUCAAAAGAAGGCGAUCAGAGUCUGUUCUUCAGCCAGCUUCCAGUAGCGACCUGAACAGAUGUGAUCGUCCGGCCAAAAGCCGUAGAGGAGAGCCCCCAAUCUGGGCUAAUACCAGACAGCAACUUGUGGAUGCCCUGGAUUGGUACCACAGCAUGCAAGGGGGUGCCGCGCUCUCUGACAAGAGAUGCACCGGCUUUCUUCUCGAUGGAGAUAAUGGCAGUCGCUCUGUGAUGACAGAUGAGGUCAUCAUCACUCGCGUUGGUGGCGGCAGCACCAAGGACAGCCAAGGGAAUCUCACCCUUCAAAGAGACCAGUCCCCCGAUGGAAACCUCGUCGCUGCGAUGAUGACAACCAUGCGGGAGCGUAGACCAGUGGGGGUGAUUAUUGGGUCUCGAAACAAGCUUUUGGAUAUCGAUAUCCCUCAUCGAUAUUGCGUACUCGACUGGUUCCUGAUCACGAACGUAUGGUCGGAAAAGUUUGGCAGUUACGCGGGGUACCGAUUCCGCCUUGAAAAGCUUGACUGGUCGAAAAAAGGCUGGUGGACCGCGCCAGAUGCCGAGCAGGUUUCACAGGCUAGCAUGCACGGAGAUUCUAAUCUGGGCCCAGCGGAACGCAUGUGUGCAGAGUGUGGCAAAUUCAGCCAACAGAUCUAUGCCAAGCCAGGCUGGAUGUGUCUUCAACCCUCCUGCUCUCAGUUUUGGAAGGUUGGGGGCAGCGAGCCUGCAGAAGAUGCACUCUUCGAAUAUCACCCUACCUUCCUCAACCAGCGGCUGUCGACACAACCGGGGAUUCCAGAUCCAGGACCCCUGGCACAGAUCUUCGACAAGAACCUGAGUUCCUCACAAGGCACUACGAGCCGCGAGGAAUGGAAGGGUAUUGUCUGCCCACAAUGCCACAAGUGCAUACAGAGGAUCACUUGGGACGCGUGGGAUUGCUCAAACGAUCCAGCCCGAGCACCCAGUGAGACCUGCCGCUAUAGGGCAGAAAGAAGGAUCCGGGCCGUUCCGCUGCUGUCCGUGACGGAAGGUGCCAAAGCCUUCCGCUCAAAUCAGCUGGCGUGUGCCAUCAAACCAGCUGUCGACAAUCUGACUUGCGCACCGUACGAGAUGCGCGUCUAUGAGGUUCCCGGGGGCGGCUGGGUCACCCACUUCGCAGCGAACCCGCAGAUCAACGAGUCCUCAAACGGGCCAAACUUCUUAUUUGACCGUUUGCAGGUGAUCAAUCUCGGUCUGAGGCGAUACCCCCUCACCAACAGCCAAGUGCCAGGGACCCUUACUUGCCACUUCGCUGUCAACUACGGCGUUCCUUACAAGUACGUCGUUUCGGUGGAUUCGAGGGGGUUCAGUGAGGCUCCUGCUGAGAUUCUCACUGCGUUGGGUCGCCUGUCCUGGGCGACCAAGAUCGCCGUGGGUCGGAGUGGUGGCGAGUACCAGCCGCCAAAUGAGUUGCUCGCGCUCGGAUAUCUCGAGCAGAUGAAGAUCGGAUUCCAUGACGACGGCGAAAAAGAUCUUGGACCGACAAUCGCCACCCUGUCCUUGGGGUCACGGUCCAGAAUGUUCGUCCGCAUGAAGGCCAAGUACCACUACGGCGUUGGCGACAAGGGCGUGCCCACCCGAGAUGAUCCCAUUCUCCCUGGGUCUCUCAAAGAGCAGGAACGGCGCGCCCUACGGCAGGAAUUUGAGGCUGGGAAACUGACCUUGCCUCAAUACCGCCAACAGCUGACGUCCUUGGUUGGCCGGAGUGGCAAGAAGGAGCCCCCCAAACUCCUGCAAAUGGAGCUCAAGCAUGGGGACCUCUUGGUCAUGCAUGGAGCCGAGCUGCAGAAGUACUUCGAGCACUCGGUGCAGCCCGAUCAUGGCCUGCGGUUCGCCCUGACAGCACGGUAUAUCGAGACCACUGACAAGACUGAUCUCGAGAAAGGCUCAUUCCGGCUGCAGGAGGACCAGGUCUAUGGUGGGCUUUGA